UGUGUGCGCUAAAUUCGAGUCGUAAUGCAAAUCAACGAUAAGUCGGACGUAAUUUCUUGCAACGAUAAGUUGGACAAAUAUGUGAUUUGAUAAUAAUAAUUACCAGUCAUUCUUUGAGUUUGAAGAAAAAUCAGGCCUCACAGCUAUUUGAUCAAUUUGCAAGAAUAUUACAACGAUAGAAACAUGAGUUUGCAAAAAGGGAAUGCUACUCGAUCAAGACCUCAGAAACAUCAAAAUCAAGUUGUCUUCAAAAAUAAUUUACACGACAACUCUCAGAAAACAAAAUUUAUUAAUAGCAUCGAGGUUGCUAAUGUGUGUGAGCGUUGUAAGAAAAUAAUUGAGUGGAAAAUUAAGUAUAAAAAGUACAAAGCACUCAAAGCUCCAGUGAAAUGUACAAAGUGUGAGCAGAAAACUGUGAAACACUCUUAUCAUAAUAUCUGCUUGCCUUGUGCCAAACAGCAAAAAGUAUGUCCAAAGUGUGGUGAGAAGAAAGAAAUUAUUGAAGGAAAGCCUAGUAAAGAAGAACAAAUUAAAUUAGAUGCUGAAUUUAAAGUUAUCCUGAAAACCAUGUCUGAGAGAAAACGAAGGACGUUUUUGCGUUACAUGAAUCAACAGAUGACAAAAAAUAAAAAUAAGAUGGGGCAUACAUCUGGAUUAGACAUGGAUACAAGUGAAACUAAUAGCAAAGACUACAGUGUAACAGAAUCCAAAAGCAGAGAAGAUUUAUUAACAAAACUGAAAUCAUUAGCUAUUACAGACAAAGAUGAUGAUUUUGAUAUUGAUGAUGAAACGGAUGAUAACUUUGAUAGUGAUAGUGAUGAUUCGUUAUGUGAUAAAAAAUUUUCUAAAUAAAAAGAUUGUUUAAUCAUGGUAUAA